GCAGAAUCGCUUAUCUCAAUUGAAGCGACGUAACGGUUUAUCAUUACUGCAGGGAAAGAUUGGUCAGGCAUAAGAGUAGCAUUCCAUUUACCCAAAGACACAAGACCUAGAAGAGGCAAACCCCACACACCAUACCAGACGUACAUUGCGUGCACAUACUCUAUUUCACGCCCUCUAUCACUAUCGUCACCACCUAAUCAUACCCGAUCACAUCAACCAAAACAUCCAUAUUCCAUUACUGUCCAUACUUAUUAAUACAUAACCCCACACAUAUGUCCGACUCUGAACACAGCUUUGCGGUGGACCUCCCGCUCCACUGCGUAAAUGCGGUAGAAUUGAAAUGCAAGCGCCACCGCACGUUGUGCCGAGUACUCGGGAUCGAGGCGCGCCUCACACGGCGGAUCUUUGUACUCGCGGCCGGUUUGUGUGACCCGUUUACACAGCCGGAGGAAAACGACGACGCGAUUCUCUCUCUUGAUACACUCUCGGACGUGCUCAUCGCGCUCAGCUUCCAACAGACGUUUCCCAGCAGCGACAGCGAGAGCGAGGGCGAGGGUGAGUCGCCCACGCCACACUUCGACCUUGCGUACCAUUUCAUGGCGCUCCUCGAGCAGAUCCACUUCAAGCUCAACUGCUACGACGAUGCGUUUCUCCGUAGCAUCGACAACGGUGCUGCGCACGAACGCGCGAACCUCCGACUAUGGACGCUGCUGGGUGUAUGUUCGACGGACCUCGCACUCCUCUACGCGGUCACGUGUGUUACCACUCUCGCCAUCCACAAGCUCUACGCCGCAACCGACAACAUCUUCCUCAACCCGUUCCUCGGCUACUUGCUCAAGCUCUGGAAGUGUCACACCAAUAUUGUGGUGCUUGGGCUCGACGUGGACCGCCGCGACGAGGCCGCAGGCGGUCCGGGCACGCCUGAGUCUGUUCGUGCAGCCGUGCACGGCUCUGCGGCGGUGCGUGCGGUUGUGGCAAGUAUCCUCAACGGGGAUAUCAAGAAGGCGCUCGUACACGACUUUGAGCAUGAAACGCUCCUCUCUUUUAUGAAUCCUUUGGGUCGCAAGCUCGCCAGCGGUUCGCUCACGUGCGACAUCCGCUGGUACGUGACUGCGAUGUUGUCGCUUGGCGCGGACCUCGUGGAGGUGACCGAGCUCCUCUACGACAUGGAACCAAACGACGUGUACGAUGAGGAUGUGAAAUACAUGUUUGACAUUGAGUAUGAGGAUGAAAGCGACGACGACGGAUACGAGCCACCGCGACGCUGCGACUGUGAGUUUGACUACGACUACUUCGAGGAGGAACCCGUUCCCGCAGACAAGCCCGCGCCGACGGCGGUACGUUCGCGCGCGGGCGAGCUUGACUACGACGAGGACGGCCGCGACUGGCGCGAUAUUCCGCGCGGCGAGAACAUGCAAUUCAACCCGACGCUCGCGCGCGGCGAUGUGAUGAGCUGGUCUGAGAUCACGGCUGCGUUCACCCACAUGGCAGACCGUGUGGUCAGUGACACAUUGGGUCAGAAGGCGAUUCGCACCGUCGCGGGCAGCGUCAAGCACGAGUUUGACGAGCAGAUACAGUUAGCUGCCCUCGGCCCUGCUGCGCGUGAUGCGUUUGAGCGUGCGCGUGUGCCUGACCCCGAGGUCGUCACUCCUGACAAGAUCUACGACGUCUGGUCUGUGGGUGCGCAGUUUGAGCCGAUCUUGCGGCUUAACCCGGCGGUCGCGUCAUGCAUGAUGGAUGAGAUGCUCAUGGCGCACGGCUACCGGCGGGUAUUGAUCUGGUUCUUGACCCACUUGGAGGUGAGCCACGCGUUAAUCAACUACAUCCACGAACUCAUCACGGGCCAGCGCGGUGCGGUGCCGCUGAACCGCUAUCAAUUCUCGCGACUUGGAGCGCUCACGCUCAGCGAUGUGGAGCGCAACAUGUUGCUCCACGAGUUUUUGAGCAAUGCCGCAACGUACCUCACCGCGAUGCCCGAGACGCGCGCUGACAACGAUGCGCGUGCGUGGAACCGUUUCCAUACGCGCGGUGCCGCCAAGCGUCUCAUGGAGAUCCUCUGCUUGAUGGUAGAGUCAUUGGUCAACAAGGGCGUGUUAUCGAUCACAGACCCCGAGUACCGUGCGGAGUUGCAGACGCUUUUGAUCCAGUGGGUCGGACUCUUGCCUCACGCGCGUAACUUGUUCUUUCGCACACGCGGUGGCGAGCCCGACGACGACCUCCUCGCAAACUUUGACGCCGUCCACAGCCAGCUCGUUGGUAGCACGCAGCAGACACUGGAGGAGGGUGUGCGUCGUCUCAUGGAUGUAAAGACCGAUUCUACGGGCUCGCAGACUGACCUCGCGCGCACAAGCGUGUAUUCUGACCCAGCGCGCUCGCAGACGCUCACGCGUGCGGUGUCAUCUGCGUGCGCCACCAUUGACAAUAUCGACACCCUCUGCAGCAAGAUGAUCAAUGGUUUGCCAGAUGAGUUUAGCGAGGAGUUACUCGACUUCCUCACGCAGUUCAAGGCGCUCAGCGGCACUAUCCCAGACGACGCAGCCGGCGCCAUGGACCGCAUUGAGGACUGGGUAAAACCGCAGGACCUACAGAAACUUGAGCAGUUGUUGGAGCGCGCAAGCAAGAUCAGCCGCGAGGGCUUGGAGGCACGCAUCCUGGAGCUCGAUAGCAGCGCGUCUAUGUGGACCGUACACCGUGAUGACUCCUCCCACUCCGAGGGCGAGGGUGAGUUUGCACAGGUCAUUGCUGGUGUUAAAAAGAAGCCCAAGAAGAAGAAGCCCAAGAAAAAGAAGAAGUGAGUCAAAGAUUUAUUGCAUGAUGAGGCGUAAUAAGGUUAAAGUGGAGUGUUGGUUUACGGUUUAUCCAGAUCCUCUAACAGUUUAGUUGAACUUGCACCAGCAUGGUUGUUCUAGCUGAUAAGUUGAUAUUUAGAACACUAAAGUUAUACAAUUUUAUUGUAUGUGUGAGGCUAGCGGGUUUUAUUAUGGUGACCUGUAGUAGGUUAUGGUUUGUUGGUAGUACGACGUUAAAUGGAUUAUGCAACAAUAAUCUAUCGAUUUAUAACUCGCGAUCGAGUGUACAUGGCGUAUUAUAUAUACUUUAUAAGGAUCAUGUGGUAUAUCGAUCAAUAACAAUAGUCUGUUCGGA